AUGGCCUCUACCUCGACGUCUACCUCAGCAGCCGCUCCCUCUCAGACCACUCCAACCCGCAAAUCCAGGUCUUUGCCUUCGUCGCCAAAAUCACCACCCCGCGACACGCGCGAACCGGUUAAGAGACGCUCACUGCAGAAUACGCCGAUCAGGCACCUUGCCGACCUUGCGAACCUCGCGCUCAUCGUCAAGCGCCUGAGUCCACGCUCAGGAGGAGAGGUCGUCGUCGCUUGUGACUCCGGCCCCGAACCUCACUCGCAUCCAUGCGUGAAGGAUUCGCAGGAUACGGCAUGUGCCGAAAUGGAGGUUAUCCAUACCGAACACUUUAUCUGCUCAAAGGCGGUCGACUUGAGCAUUCUCCUGCGAGCUUCGCGGUCUGCACUUCUUGAGCGCGUACGCAUGAUUGGCGGCAACACGCUCAUGAACGAGAGGUGGUCGUGUAAAGUCCGCGGACCGAAAAGUGGAAUCUACCGGGUGCACAUUGAAUAUGCUGCAUGUCCUGCACGUAGCUUCAAGGCCCACGACCCCGGUCGUCCUGUCGCCCUCGACAACGCUCGUGGGAUCCCCGGGCUGAUGACCGUCAUUGAACGUCUCUGA